CUUGAAAGCAUUCAAUAUUUGAUUCAAUCUGAUUGAAGCCACUUGUAAAUUCUAUCGUUCAUCUUUCUUGUCCCUCUUACCAAGACACAUAAGUUUAUUGAUUAGUUUACUAUCCAAUAUUUCAUACUUAUUUAUUGGCGAUCAUGUCAUUCUAUUUUCAUUAUUCGGAUGUUUUACCCGAUAUCAAGUCGGUGUGUAUGUUCUGUGCCUUAUUUCCGGUUGUGAGGUGUCAAGGAAGAUAAACACGAUAAAUAUUCGUGACCGCUCCACAAUUAAUAAAUUAUGUCACGUUACAAAUGUAUACGGUAGACUUGUACGCUACGUCUGUGAUAAAGGUUGUUAUAUUUUCUAGUCAAAGUCCUGCUGAAGAAUGCAUCAAAAAUCACAGAGCAAUUCGAUCUGCCAGUGUAAUAAAUACUUGAGAAAGAUCAGCCACGGCAUAAUAUGGAGUCUGGAGACGGGGUUUUAUCAUGUGGGUCACUUCGUGGGUACAUUCCCUGUGUUAACGAUCGCACUGAGCUUCCUUGUCUGUGGCAUUGCCUCCAUUGGAAUGGUUAAAUUCAAGGAGACAGAUAUAACAGAGAAACUGUGGGUGCCGUCCUACUCCCGCAUACAGGAGGAGAAGAAAUGGAUGACCGAAAACUUUCCUCCCGACACCAGAUAUGCCAAGGUCAUAGCUGUAGAGAAUAACAUUCUAUCACCGAGAUCCUUGAAUGCAAUGAUGGAUCUUUAUGAAAAAGCAAUAUCAUUCCAUGACAAUGAGUAUUCAUAUCACCAUAUGUGCCUCAGAGUUGCACGCCACUGCAAGGUGAGCAGUAUCCUGGAGAUUUGGUCGUACAACAAAAGUGCAAUAGCUCACCUGACGUAUAACGAUGUAAUCAGGGAUAUCAACCAAGUCAAAACCAGCCCGUUGUACCACAACAAGCUGGAUGCCACCACCAUGCUGGGACGGAUUCAGUUUGACUCGCGGGGUCAAAUCAUGGCCGCCGGAGCAGCCUCCAUGCUGUUUGUCCUCAAUGAUAAAGAAAAGAUGAGACCAUCAGCUCUGAAGUGGGAAUCUGAGGUCAUUGAGUUAGUGCAGAAAGGUCAUGCUCACGUGCAGGAGACCUAUGUAUACGCCACUCGCAGUUUCGAUGACGAAGGAUAUGGCGCGGUGAACGACGAUAUUAACCUCCUUUCGGUUGGCAUCUGCAUCGUCCUGAUCUUUGUCAUUGUCACUCUUGGAAGGUUCAAUCUCAUAGAACACAAGCUCCUUCUGUCAUUGGCUGGACUGUUGAGUGUGGGAAUGUCCAUCGGGUUUGCCUACGGACUAGCCACUACAUUCGAUGUUAUAUAUGGACCUGUACAUGCCCUAAUGCCUUUUUUGUUGCUAGGUAUAGGGGUGGAUGACAUGUUUGUCAUUGUGGAAGCCUGGAAGAAUCUUACCCCCGAGGAGCUGAAGCUUCCCCUCCCUGAACAAGUUGCCAUGACGAUGAAGCACGCUGGGGUUUCAGUGACUGUGACCUCUGUGACGGACAUCGUGGCCUUCGCAAUCGGCGCCUCCACGGUUAUACCAGGCCUAAGUGCCUUCUGUAUUGAUGCAGCCCUUGGAAUCCUGGCCCUGUUCAUCCUUCAGUCGACCUUUUUUGUGGCGUGUCUGACUUUGGAUCAGAAGCGUAUUGCUGCCCGUAGAGAUGCCAUUCUGUGCUGUUUAGCCUACAAAAGCUUUGAGCCAAACAAAUGCAGUCAGAAAAACUUCUUGGCUCUGGCCUUUGAGAAUUACAUUGGACCAUUGCUGAUGAAGACACCAUCCAAGAUUAUUGUGAUGCUGGUGACAGUCUCUCUGUUGGGGGUCAACAUCUACGGCUUCUACCACCUGAAGCAGGACUUUGACCUCACUAUGUACAUUCCGUCCAAUUCCUAUGCCCACAAGUUCUCCAAAGCCCAGGAUAAGUACUUCCCGAACCGCGGAGUGGACGUCAAUGUGUAUUGUGGUGACAUACAUUACGGCUCUAGUCAGAAGAUCCUUAACAACAUGCUGCACAGAAUCAGCACAGAUCCGGGGGUGGAGAAUGGAACAGUCAUAAGCUGGUUCCCUGCCUUCACCACCUGGAUUAGAAGUCUUAAUGAUUCCAGCCUGGCCAUGUAUAAUCAUUAUCCGUACGACGAGCACGAGUUUGAUUCCCUGGCCCUAACAUUUAUUGAGAAUACACCAGUAGGGCACGCCUUCAAGAGAUUUGUUAAAUUUGACAAGACCACUCACCCCCCUGUCCUAAAGGCCAUGUACUUCUCACUGCGACACACCAGUCAACCAAACUCCCAGGCGGAAAUCGAUGCCAUGGAAGAUCUCCGCGAAAUCACGGACAACUCUGGACUUCCCAAAGGAAUGUGUUUCCCGUAUUGCCCGCAGUAUCUAACCUAUGAAACAAACAAGGUAUUACAGGUGGAGCUGUACCGAAACCUGGCCCUGGCGGGGGCGUGUGUGUUCUUUGUGACCCUGGUCCUGAUCGCCAACGUCCUGACCAGUCUAAUCGUGUUCACCUGCGUCAUCUUCACCCUGGUAGAUGUGGCGGGUACGAUGUAUUUUUGGGGUGUGACCAUCGACACGGCCAGCAGUAUCCUGUUGACACUGUGUGUGGGGCUGGCCGUCGAUUACUCCGCUCACAUUGGACACACAUUUAUGACUGUGUCAGGCGCCAAAAACGAGCGCCCUGUAAUGGCCUUGAAGGAGAUUGGACCAGCCGUGUUUAAUGGAGGAUUCAGCACCUUCCUGGCAUUUGUCCUCCUGGCCAACAGCAACAGCUAUGGUUUCUCCUUAUUCUUUAGAGUGUUUUUCACGGUGGUUCUGUUUGGGCUUUUCCAUGGAUUAGUGUACCUCCCUGUGGUGCUGAGUUGGUUGGGACCCGAGCCCUACCACACGUCCUCUGUCCACAUGUCACCACGGCGACAGAUCGAGAUGGAUAAAGCGUCCAAUGGACAUGUAGAGGGAUCAAAACUACUAGACCAGGAUACAGUAAAAGGAGAGGAAGAGUAUUCACCACAAGAGGAGAGCAGUUCAGUAUAAAUCAGGGUAAACAGAGCUUCAUAGUUUCUGCGGAUCAAGUACGUCUCUAUAGUAACCAAAAUGGCUGCCAAGCAGUGAUGGUGUAUAUUUGAAGUCUCAUUCCUUGUAGUCUCCCAAUGACUACCUCAUCAAAGUCAGUGUCAUGCCAGAAAAUUUUAUUGACAUCACCUAUAUGUUUAGUCAUGAAAAAAUAACACUAAUGUGAUCAGGAUUGCUAAUCUGAGAGAAAACAAUAUUUAAGCAAGGGAAUUCCCUUGUGGAACUCAUCAGACUUUUGGAUUGUCUCACUCCCAACAAUAUUUGUUCUGUAUUGACAUGAACUUGAGGGUUAACAAGGGAGCGUGUCGGGUUUAUCUCAGGAUUGAUUGAUAUUUGUCUGUGAUUAUUAUGAUAACUUGUAGCAAAUGGUAAAGCAGUCAAUACCAGUGAAUGUAGUGUUAACACACAUUUCUUUGUUCUAAUGUUAUCCAAACUUUAGUAUGUACGUGUUAUUAGACAGACUUUCUGUUCCCUGUAUGUGUCACAUUUUGUUUUCAAAUUUUAUUUAUACAAGGGUAGGUUUUUUUUAUGAUUUUUAAUAAUAAUUGUUAAUGAUUGUUGUUGAUCUGGCCAUCAUAUAGUAUGUUAAUUAUGAUUCAUGGAACAAUACAAUGUCAAGAGAGUUAAAUCUUGCAAAGAGCACAAUAUUAUUUGGAGGGUCAAUGGCCAAUGACUAUAUUGAUCUCCUUUAAAAGGUGAACUCUAUAUAAAAAUAUAGGAAAGUACCUAUAUAAGAAUAUAGGGAAAUGCCCAAAUCUAAAUGCUAAAAUAUAUAGACUAUUUCUUUAAUAAAUAAUAGUUCAUAGCAAAAGAGGUCAUAUCUUAAAAUUAAUCUCUGAGAGUUGCGCAUGUCAAUGAAUCGGCCAAGGAGAAUUAAGUACGUGGUACAGACAGACGAAAAAUGAAUAUGCAUUUUAAGAAUUAUCAAUUUUUUACCAACCAUGAAAAAUGUGUGAAAAAAUAUUGGAGAAAAAAAUGUUUCAGUGUUUAAAUGAAGAAGGAUGAAGAUUUUUAACUGAUUAUUUAGGGAAUUAUGAAUAAUGCAGGUACAUGUUUUAAUAUUGCUACAACGUGUCAAAUUGAUACUGCAUACCUAUAUCAUAUCAUGAUAUGUCAUGUUUAUUUGCAUCCGAGAUGCUACAAUCAGAGGACUGUCUGUUUUAUUUUUAUCUAAACCUUGUUUGCUGCUUUGUUUGUGAGGUCCAGUCUUCUGAUAUUGUUAGUUCAGUCUGUCAGACUGUGAAUAUAGACUGUGCAAUAAACGACUAGAAACAAUGGCACCCACGAUCAGCUUCCUAAAUCAACAGUAAAGGACUGUAUAUGUUUUAGGCCUAAAAUGGCCUCCAAAAAUGAGCCUCAUCCUUUUUCAGUAAUUCAUUGUUGUCUUUUUAUAGAUAAAAUAUGAAGUUUUUUAAUCAAUUUCAUUUUGAUCCAAAUACCUACAAUUCAAAAAUAAGACGAAAAUUCAACCGUUUCCAGCCAUUUUUUGCAUUUUAAGCAUUAACCACCUUCUUUUAAUAGUGUUUUUCUUUGAGAGAACAUUGAGCACAUGCUUGAACAAACAAAGUACUUUCAUCAGAGUUGUAUAGAAAUUCUCCUUCCUCAAAGUGUCGCUCUGUGUUUCCCAUUUGAAAAAAAGAUGAGAAAAUGUUAAUUUUUGACAGAUUUUGAUUGAAUUACAAAAAAAGUGUCACUUCUGACAUCACAUACUACCAGUGGGUAGAAAUAAAUCAAAUAAUUGGGUGAAAAAUAUAUUAAAUCUUUAAAAAAAAAAAACAACAUAGCAAUUUAAUGUACCUAAAACCUUUAAAUAAUGCAAAUAAUGGGGACCAAAUUAUAUAAAGCUCUUUAAUCAUUGUAUCACAGAGACCCGGCUGACUGUGUCACUAUGUACUAAUAGUUAUGUUCGGUUGUAAUACACUAGUCUUAAUUUGAAAUCAACUGGAAGUGGAGUAUUGAUACUGUAGGGUUUUUUUUUUUUUAUAGAAUUUUCUAUCUUCUCAGGCUUAUUUAAAUUAUUACUUUAUUAAAAUGAUUUUGUUUUUGCUUGUUUUUGCAAUGGAAAAUAUUUACAAUUUGAUGCGUCAAGUCAAAACAGAAUCUGUUCUUAUACGUGUAUAGUAAUAGGUAUCUCUUCUCUCAAACAAUAUUUUAUUGAUAGUUUAGCUCAAACCUAUCUUUUCUAUAAUAAAAAGUUUUGAUUAUUUUUUUAAGAAAAUAAAGCUGUGGAACAUUGAGAAUGUGAAGUUCCUUUUUGCUGUAAACCACUAGUCCUUUACACAAUGGCGAUUGUUGUCAGUUUUUUUGGUUGAUUUUACUGUGCAGGUUAUGUUGACACUGCAUGCUUUUCAAUUAUGAUUUAAAUUUCUGUUUGGUAUUAAAUUUUUCUAAGCGAAUUUUAAUUUGAGUGCUAAACAGACGCAGUAUGGCUGGUACAUGUUUAAGCCAUGCAAUACUUUUGUAUUUUAUUCUUUGUCAAUUUAGGUGUCCGCAUUAUGCCUUUGUUUUAUUUAUUGAAUUAAACCACGGAAUACUCCACUGGGUACGAGGAAAUCCUACCACAAUCCGGUGAUCCUUAACGUGUGUGAUUAUAUAUUUAAGUUUCUAAUCAAUAAAUAUUAUGAUCAGU